AUGGAAUCAAUAAACCAAUCCUUAGACAAAUUCUACUCUCCCCACGCGCGCCAAUCGCUCGACGAAUUGUCUGAGCACUUCACAAUCACCGACCCUUCCAUUUCAGGCCACCCCAUAGUCUUCGCCAGCCACGCGUUCCUCAAGAUGACUGGCUUCACGCGCGACGAGGUUGUUGGUAGAACCGGUGCCAUGUUUCAAGGUCCAGCGACUUGUCGUAGGAAAGUGAUGGAAAUUCGUGAAGCUGUUAGGGAGGAAAGAGAGGUUCCGUUACAUGGGAGUUCGAGGGUUUGUAGUUCUGUUGCUCAUGAAUUUGUGUUCCGUUGUUGUCGGAAGGAAGUUUGUUCUGAAUCUUUGGCGGAACUUACUCGGGUUUCUUCGGCUAAUCAGGUGUUGGAACAUGAUGUUUCGGUUAAGCUCUCAACUACACUUGCAGAGCUACACUUAUUAGAAUUGGAGAGUGAAGAAGAGCCACGCGAGGCAAGUGGCGAUGAGAGGAGAAGUGCUGCUACGGCGAUGGACAACAUCUUUUCUGUGCUAACCCACUAUAGCGAGUUGACGGGAAAAUUGGUGUGUAGAAAGAGAUGCAGCAUUCCUGACGUGGGUCUUCUUAGCUCUUCCUUGAUUAUUUCUCUUGGUAGAAUCAAACAAAGCUUUGUAUUAACUAAUCCACAUCUGCCAGACAUGCCUAUUGUUUAUGCCAGUGACACCUUCAUGAAAUUGACAGGUUAUGCGAGAGAUGAGGUAUUGGGCCACAACUGUAGAUUUUUAGGUGGAAGAGAUACUGAUGCCUCAACUCUACAUCUGAUAAAGGAGAGCAUCAAAACUGAACAACCAUGCACAGUACGUAUUUUGAAUUACAGGAAGGAUAAAAGCUCAUUUUGGAAUCUACUUCACAUCUCACCUGUUCGGGAUGCUUCUGGAAAGGUAGCAUACUUUGUUGGAGUCCAAAUAGAAGACGACUAUAAAAAUGAGGAUUUUAGGCGGUGUUGGAGACCUGACAUGAAGCAGCUUAGUGUGGUUGGUGUAGUCAAGGUUGCAGUGCGGAGUUUAUCCAUGUCUGCUGGGUCGUCAAAGACAUAG